CACUCCCUCUCUAUUUAGAGAGAGAUAUUUUUCUCACGCCCUCCCCGCGAAUAAAAACUUUUCCAGCGUCCCUUUGAAUCCAUCCACCCAUCGCUCGUCUCCCUCCCGAAUUCGAUGCCUUUGUAGCGCUGCCGCGUCGCCCCGCGCCGUCCGCCUGCUGCUGGGCCUUCCCAUGGACGCCGGAGCCGGGGCCGGAUCCGGCAAUGCCUCCGGCGGCGGCGGCGGCGCGUCCGCGUGCUGCUACUACGCCCUGCUCGGCAUCCGCAAGAACGCCUCCGCCACCGACAUCCGCACCGCCUACCGGAGGCUCGCGAUGAAGUGGCACCCGGACCGGUGGGCGAGCGACCCCGGCGCGGCCGGCGAGGCCAAGCGGCGGUUCCAGCGGAUCCAGGAGGCCUAUUCCGUCUUGUCGGACAAGGGGAAGAAGGCCAUGUACGACGCCGGGCUCUUCGAUCCCCUGGACGCCGACGACCAGGAUUUCUCCGACUUCAUGCAGGAGGUGCUGGUGAUGAUGGAUAACGUGAAAAACGAGAAGCCGGACACGCUGGAGGACCUGCAGAAGAUGCUGGAGGACAUCGUGAAGGGCGACGAGGGGAGCCGCGGCGGCGGCGUAGGCUUGGGCGGGCGCGUGCCGCCGGACGGGGUGCGGCGGGCGCGCGUCGCGCCGUACCCGCAGCAGCAGCGCAGGUGACCGGCGCGCCGGUGUACGAGAUGUACACGCGAGCCGACCAGAGGGAAAGAUCAGCCAGCGAAGCAACGGGAAGCUCUGGAAAAGAAGAAAGGAAGAAUAAAAAUGGAUUGCGAAGUCGGUGCCAUCUGAUGAGGAUUGAAGGUAGCAGUCGAUUGUGUGGGAUUGGGCCUGCUGGGGCUCGGGCGCCGCUCGAUUCCGGCCGCGCCGCCGCCGCAAGAAGAAGCUGGCGGACGCGUGGCCGGGGACUCCGAUUGUUAUCUCGUCCACAUUUCGUGCCCCAAUUGUCACUGGAAUUCUUUGACUCUUCUUUUACUACGCUUUCCGCGUCGCGUUCCAUCCCACUCGGUGGUGUGGAGAAAUUUGUAUUUUUGACACCCUAAACACGUGGUUUCGCAAAAUUGACACCCUAAAGAUGGACUUCGUAAAAUUGA